CGCGCGCACGCCGGCGCUGGCCGAGGCUUCCCCGCCUGCGCUCGUUGUCAGAACCGCUCCGGCGCGUGCGCGCGUUAUCUCCAGCCGACCCGAGGAGCCGGUUCCCUCCGCUCCAGGCCCCCUCCCCAUCCUGCCCGCCCUCCUGGCCCCAGCCGACCCGUCCCUUCCUCUCCCCGCGGAAUGGGGCCGGCACUGCUCGGGGUCGCGCGCCCUGGACCCGGCUCGCUCUCGGUCUCGCGCUGUCAGCGACUGCCCGGCUCGCGCCGCCUCGCGCUCUGCCUCAGUCAGUGGCGCCGAAGGCUCCGUUAAGCGGCGGCGGCGGCGGUUCCUGUUUCCGUUUCUUCCUCUCCGUUCAGUCGGGAGUAGCAUCCUCCACCCAGCCAGCCUUUCCACUCCCCCAGCGUGGGGCAGCUGCGCUGAGGGCUGUGGCUUUGGCAGCUGCGACGGGGAGCGGCGGAGACCGCCUCUGCUCCCGCCUGGGGUUGCUGCUUUUGCUCAGAGGACAUCCAUGACCCUAAUGGUCGUUUUGUUCAAGUUAAAGUGAUUUAUUGCCUUUGUUGAUUAACUGAACAAAUUCAGCAUGUAGAGCGCAUGAAGUACAGGACAAUAAAGCUUCCUACACAUAUCACCAGAAGGAUCUCUUUGAAAGAUUCACUACAGGACUACCAGAGAGAAUAAUUUGUCUGAAGCAUCAUAUGUUGAAACAACAGAAGUCUAUUCACCUGUGCACUAACUAGAAACAGAGUUACAAUGUUUUCAAUUCUUUGAGCUCCAGGACUCCAGGGAAGUGAGUUGAAAAUCUGAAAAUGCGGCCAUGGACUGGUUCCUGGCGUUGGAUUAUGCUCAUUCUUUUUGCCUGGGGGACCUUGCUGUUUUAUAUAGGUGGUCACUUGGUACGAGAUAAUGACCAUCCUGAUCACUCUAGCCGAGAACUGUCCAAGAUUCUGGCAAAGCUUGAACGCUUAAAACAGCAGAAUGAAGACUUGAGGCGAAUGGCCGAAUCUCUCCGGAUACCAGAAGGCCCCAUUGAUCAGGGGCCAGCUAUAGGAAGAGUACGCGUUUUAGAAGAGCAGCUUGUUAAGGCCAAAGAACAGAUUGAAAAUUACAAGAAACAGACCAGAAAUGGUCUGGGGAAGGAUCAUGAAAUCCUGAGGAGGAGGAUUGAAAAUGGAGCUAAAGAGCUCUGGUUUUUCCUACAGAGUGAAUUAAAGAAAUUAAAGAACUUAGAAGGAAAUGAACUCCAAAGACAUGCAGAUGAAUUUCUUUUGGAUUUAGGACAUCAUGAAAGGUCUAUAAUGACGGAUCUAUACUACCUCAGUCAGACAGAUGGAGCAGGUGAUUGGCGGGAAAAAGAGGCCAAAGAUCUGACAGAACUGGUUCAGCGGAGAAUAACAUAUCUUCAGAAUCCCAAGGACUGCAGCAAAGCCAAGAAGCUGGUGUGUAAUAUCAACAAAGGCUGUGGCUAUGGCUGUCAGCUCCAUCAUGUGGUCUACUGCUUCAUGAUUGCAUAUGGCACCCAGCGAACACUCAUCUUGGAAUCUCAGAAUUGGCGCUAUGCUACUGGUGGAUGGGAGACUGUAUUUAGGCCUGUAAGUGAGACAUGCACAGACAGAUCUGGCAUCUCCACUGGACACUGGUCAGGUGAAGUGAAGGACAAAAAUGUUCAAGUGGUCGAGCUUCCCAUUGUAGACAGUCUUCAUCCCCGUCCUCCAUAUUUACCCUUGGCUGUACCAGAAGACCUCGCAGAUCGACUUGUACGAGUGCAUGGUGACCCUGCAGUGUGGUGGGUGUCUCAGUUUGUCAAAUACUUGAUCCGCCCACAGCCUUGGCUAGAAAAAGAAAUAGAAGAAGCCACCAAGAAGCUUGGCUUCAAACAUCCAGUUAUUGGAGUCCAUGUCAGACGCACAGACAAAGUGGGAACAGAAGCUGCCUUCCAUCCCAUUGAAGAGUACAUGGUGCAUGUUGAAGAACAUUUUCAGCUUCUUGCACGCAGAAUGCAAGUGGACAAAAAAAGAGUAUAUUUGGCCACAGAUGACCCUUCUUUAUUAAAGGAGGCAAAAACAAAGUACCCCAAUUAUGAAUUUAUUAGUGAUAACUCUAUUUCCUGGUCAGCUGGACUGCACAAUCGAUACACAGAAAAUUCACUUCGUGGAGUGAUCCUGGAUAUACAUUUUCUCUCUCAGGCAGACUUCCUAGUGUGUACUUUUUCAUCCCAGGUCUGUCGAGUUGCUUAUGAAAUUAUGCAAACACUACAUCCUGAUGCCUCUGCAAACUUCCAUUCUUUAGAUGACAUCUACUAUUUUGGGGGCCAGAAUGCCCACAACCAAAUUGCCAUUUAUGCUCACCAACCCCGAACUGCAGAUGAAAUUCCCAUGGAACCUGGAGAUAUCAUUGGUGUGGCUGGAAAUCAUUGGGAUGGCUAUUCUAAAGGUGUCAACAGGAAAUUGGGAAGGACGGGCCUAUAUCCCUCCUACAAAGUUCAAGAGAAGAUAGAAACGGUCAAGUACCCCACAUAUCCUGAGGCUGAGAAAUAAAGCUCAGAUGGAAGAGAUAAACGACCAAACUCAGUUCAAACCAUUUGAGCCAAACUAUAGAUGAAGAGGGCUCUGAUCUAACAAAAUAAGGUUAUAUGAGUAGAUACUCUCAGCACCAAGAGCAGCUGGGAACUGACAGAGGCUUCAAUUGGUGGAAUUCCUCUUUAACAAGGGCUGCAAUGCCCUCAAACCCAUGCACAGUACAAUAAUGUACUCACACAUAACAUGCAAACAGGUUGUUUUCUACUUUGUCCCUUUCUUUCAGUAUGUCCCCAUAAGACAAACACUGCCAUAUUGUGUAAUUUAAGUGACACAGACAUUUUGUGUGAGACUUAAAACAUGGUGCCUAUAUCUGAGAAACCUAUGUGAACUAUUGAGAAGACCUGAACAGCUCCUUACUCUGAGGAAGUUGAUUCUUAUUUGGUGGUGGUAUUGUGACCACUGAAUUCACUCCAGUCAACAGAUUCAGAAUGAGAAUGGGCGUUUGGUUUUUUUGUUUUUGUUUUUUUCCUUUAUAAGGUUGUCUGAUUUUUUCUUUUUAAAUAAUUGCAUCAGUUCAUUGACCUCAUCAUUAAGUGAAGAAUACAUCAGAAAAUAAAAUAUUCACUCUCCAUUAGAAAAUUUUGUAAAACAAUGCCAUGAACAAAUUCUUUAGUACUCAAUGUUUCUGGACAUUCUCUUUGAUAACAAAAAAUAAAUUUUAAAAAGGAAUUUUGUAAAGUUUCUAGAAUUUUGUAUCAUUGGAUGAUAUGUUGAUCAGCCUUAUGUGGAAGAACUGUGCUAAAAAGAGGAGCUUUUUAGUUUUUCAGCUUAUUUGUUUUUUUUUUUUUUUCCUGUUUCUGAUAUAGUAACUAAUUCUUAACUCAGAGACAUUGGUCCAUUUUAAUACUGAAAACCAAUUUUCAUUGGUACACAUUACAAAAUUGCUAAGAACACUGUUUGGGAGCUUUCAUUCUCGUAUUUUGGACAUUGUUUUAAUUGAAUGAAAUAAUCAUAACUCCUUGCUCCCAGAGAAGCUAUCACCUCCAUUUCUAAAAACCAUUUCAGGUUUGUUUGGUAGUCUUUCUUAAUGUAUUUAUUAUCGCUUUUUGUGAGUAGGGCCCUGUUUUAUCCAGGAACCGAUUUCUGCCCUAGCCUAUCAUGCCCUGUUUUUGAGAGUACCAGGUAUCUUUGGGAUUGGGAAGCUGGCUGUUUCUGAAGUAUAUGUCUCAUAGUAUGUAGAACUUGGUGACCAAGCGAGAAGCAGAACCAGUGUGAGACUCACAAUGGAUUGAGUCUUCGGAUUAUCUCUUCCAAAUACUUCCAUGUUAGAAUCACUUCAGAAAAUAAGACUUUGAUGCUUUGUCUCUGAACAUCAUUUUUCUCUUCAUAAAAACACUUCCUUAUUGUAUGUAGCCUGCCUCCUACAGAGGCCUGGUAGGAGUUACUGCAUUGUCAAAGAAAAAUGUCAUCUCUGUAGGAACGACUAUCAGGCCUAGUGUUAAAUAUUAGGGAUCUUAGGCAGAAAAGCUAUUAGUCCUGGCUUUCAUAUCUUCACCAAAUGAAAACACUGUAUAUAAAAUUUCACCACCAAACUUAACUAAAUUCUUUUUCUCAAGUCAAGCCUCCCAAAGAAAAAAGAAAUUAACUUCCUACAGUGUCAGCAAGCAAUUUUCCAUUUAGUUUUGGUACAAAUAAAAGUCAUUUGAAACAA